GAGAGGGAGGGAGGGAGAGCGAGAGCAGGUGGACGGCUGAGAGAGAGAGAGAGAGAGAGAGAGACUGCGGUGAAGCUGCCCUGGAGACAUGGCGGACCGGUGCCUCUGAAUAAGCAAAAAUUGAGCGCGGGGGUGGGGUGGGGGAGGGCGGCGAAAGAGGCGCCCUCUCGAUUUCUCCUUCUCCUCCUUCCACAUAGCAAUUAUGCUGUCCCUCUGUGGAGCGGCCGAAGGACAAAUGGUGCAGCAGCCUUGGGGGGCCUCGGACUCCUUCCCCUUACACCUUCUUCUUCAUCUUGCAUCCCAUCCUCUCCCUUGGCCUUGAGCUGAGGUAGCUGGCCGCUUCCCAACAGCAUCCCAGGGCGAAUUGCUGUCCAUCCAUCCAUCCAUCCAUCCAUCCAUCCAUCCAUCCAUCCAUCCAUCCAUCCAUCCUGUGGCUGCCUUCAUCCCUCCCUCCCUCUUCUUCCCAUCUGUCUCCAUCCUUCUUUCUUCCUCUCAUUCUCUAUCGCUUUUCUCCUUUUCCUCCCUUCCCCCCCGCCUCCCCCUCCCCCUCCCCCUCCCUGCUGCCACCACCCUCCAAAGCUAUGGCUGCAGAAAAGAUCUUGGAGACCCUGGAUCACUAUAAAUCGGAGAUCGAGCGGUUGACCAAAGAGCUGACCGAGACCACCCAUGAAAAGAUCCAGGCGGCUGAAUAUGGGCUGGUGGUCUUGGAAGAGAAGCUGACCCUUAAACAGCAGUACGAUGAGCUGGAAACGGAAUAUGAUGUCCUCAAACAGGAGCUGGAGCAGCUGAGAGAGGCAUUUGGACACUCAUUCUCAGUCCACCGUAAAGUAGCUGAAGAUGGUGAGACCAGGGAAGAGACGCUCCUUCAGGAGUCAGCAUCCAAGGAAGCUUAUUACCUUGGGAAGAUUUUGGAAAUGCAGAACGAGCUGAAGCAAAGUAGAACUGUGGUUACCAACGUUCAAGCAGAGAAUGAACGACUGACAGCAAUUUUGCAGGACUUGAAAGAGAACAAUGAAAUGACAGAGCUGCAGAGAAUUAGGAUGAAAGAUGAAAUCCGAGAGUAUAAAUUUAGGGAGGCGCGGCUUCUUCAGGAUUAUACUGAACUUGAAGAAGAAAACAUUACUUUGCAGAAGCUGGUUUCCACACUGAAGCAGAAUCAGGUUGAGUAUGAAGGCUUGAAACAUGAGAUAAAACGAUUUGAGGAAGAGACGGUGUUGCUUAAUAGCCAGCUAGAAGACGCCAUCAGGUUGAAGGAGAUUGCAGAACAUCAACUAGAAGAGGCUUUGGAGACCUUAAAGAAUGAAAGGGAGCAGAAGAACAAUCUGAGGAAGGAACUGUCUCAGUAUAUCAAUUUAAAUGAUAGCAUGUAUAAUAAUCACAUUAAUAUCUCAGUAGAUGGAUUAAAGUUUGGAGAAGAUGGGAAUGAACCUAAUAAUGAUGACAAGAUGAAUGGACAUAUUCAUGGACCUCACAUGAAACUGAAUGGGGAUUUUCGGACUCCCGGCGUUAGGAAAGGAGAAUCUAUGCACCCGGUCUCUGAUCUCUUCAGUGAGCUGAACAUCUCCGAAAUGCAGAAACUGAAGCAGCAGCUCAUGCAGGUGGAGCGUGAGAAAGCUAUUCUGUUGGCUAAUCUUCAGGAAUCUCAGACCCAGCUGGAGCACACCAAAGGGGCCCUUACCGAGCAGCACGAACGGGUCCACAGGCUCACCGAACACGUCAACGCAAUGAGGGGUCUGCAAAGCCACAAAGAGCUGAAAGAAGUUGACUUUGAGAAAGGCCGAGAUUCUGGGGAAGAAACCCAUGAUUAUGAAGUGGACAUCAAUGGCUUAGAGAUCCUAGAGUGUAAAUACAAGGUAGCUGUUACCGAGGUGAUUGACCUCAAAGCUGAAAUCAAAGCCUUAAAAGAGAAGUACAAUAAGUGUGUUGAAAACUACACCGAGGAAAAGGACAAGUACGAGAGCAAGAUCCAAAUCUAUGACGAGCAGGUCUCCAGCUUGGAAAAGUCAAUGAAGGAAAGCCACGAGAAAAUGGUACAGAUGGAAAAGGAACUGCAAAGGAUUACAGGCGUUGCCAAUGAGAACCAUAAUACCCUCAAUGCCGCUCAGGAUGAGCUGGUGACUUUCAGCGAAGAGCUGGCUCAACUCUAUCAUCAUGUCUGUCUCUGUAACAAUGAGACUCCGAAUAGGGUUAUGCUGGAUUAUUACAGGCAAAGUCGAGUUACUAGAAGUGGGAGCUUGAAGGGACCGGAUGAUCCAAGAGGACUCCUAUCUCCACGCCUUGCCAGGAGAGGAACGGCACUCCCCGUAGAAAUCAGGGUGCCAACUGAACAGGGUUCAAAAGAGAGCACAGAAGCCAACAAAGAGCCAAGUCCAACAAAGACCCCCACCAUUUCUCCUGUCAUUACAGCCCCUCCUUCCUCCCCGGUUUCUGAUACCAGUGACAUUCGGAAAGAGCCCAUGAAUAUUUACAACCUCAAUGCCAUAAUACGGGACCAAAUCAAGCACUUGCAGAAAGCGGUAGAUCGGUCACUGCAGCUGUCCCGACAGCGUGCAGCGGCCCGUGAACUGGCACCUCUGAUUGAUAAGGACAAGGAGGCUUUAAUGGAAGAAAUAAUGAAAUUAAAGUCCCUGCUGAGUACGAAACGGGAACAGAUAGCAACCCUCAGGGCAGUGUUGAAAGCCAACAAGCAGACAGCAGAAGUGGCCCUGGCGAACCUGAAGAAUAAAUAUGAGAACGAGAAAGCCAUGGUAACAGAAACGAUGACUAAACUGCGCAACGAAUUAAAAGCUUUGAAAGAAGAUGCAGCAACCUUCUCAUCCUUGAGGGCCAUGUUUGCAACGAGAUGUGAUGAGUAUGUCACCCAGUUGGAUGAGAUGCAGAGGCAAUUGGCAGCUGCAGAAGAUGAGAAAAAGACCUUAGAUUCUUUGCUGCGGAUGGCUAUCCAGCAAAAACUCGCCCUGACUCAACGCUUGGAAGACUUAGAGUUUGAUCACGAGCAGUCCCGGCGGAGCAAAGGCAAAUUUGGAAAAACCAAGAUCGGCAGCCCUAAAGUAAGUGAGGAGGCAUCAGCCACCGUGUCAACCAUAGACACUUUCCUCCUGCAUAGUCAGGGCCCACAACCACCAAACAUACUGGUCAGCAGUGGCACCCAGAGGAAAAGACAAUUCUCACCUUCCCCUUGUGAUCAGAGCCAUUCCAGGACUUCAGGGACCUAUCUACUGCCUUUAUUAAGAACCCCCCCAGAUCACACCUCCACAGAGUCAUUUCUUCUGAGGGGCCCCAUUUCCAUGAAUGAAUCCUUCCAUGGGCACCGUCUCAGCAAGGAAAAAAGGUUAACCGUAGCCAUCCCAGUCGUGGCUCCAGUGGAACGUUUCCAAGUACAGGACAUCUCUCCUGAGGAACACUUGAGAGCCAUUUUGAUGGAUUUGGCAUCUAGGCCCAAAACAUGUUACCAAAAACAAGAUUGUCAGCAGCCUGCUGCCUCACUACCGCCACACGGCUCACAACUAAGCAGGAGGCAACGCUGUCAGACUGUCAGUCCUGAUGUAGCUCUUCCAGAAGAACAGCCACAUUCCAGCUCUCAAUAUACCCCUCCUGUCAGCUGUCUACUUAAGCCUCCUCCUUAACAUCGUGCUUCAUAUGCAACCUAAGAGUUUGGGGGAAAUCUCACCACAUGGACUGAAUUCGAGUUCUUACAGCAAAGGAACAGUUUGUAUCGAGCAUGACUGCCUUCUUGCUGCUGCUGAGUCCAAACACCAUCUAAAGGAAGGCAUGUGGAAACGCUUUAAAGCACAGUGCCCAGACUGCUGAAAAAUCUUCAAGGUUCCUCUGUGUGCAUCAUCUGAUCAAAACUACACAACGGAAGUCAGACUUGUUCCUUCCAGUUGUUUGGCUAGGACUACUAAUGUGCUGGGAACCUAGACUCCUACCGAAGCAAAGCAAAGAAAGUAUGCUACCAAUCUUAUUUUGCCCAUUCAGCUCAAGCUACUGACUCCAUAUUUCUUUCUGUGGUUUAAAUGGCAUUAUAUAUAUAUUUUUUUCUGACAUAUUUGCACCAAAAAGUAUGGUUAUUAGAAAUGAUGCGUGGAUGGGUUGUUCCACUUUUCUUUUUAAAGUAAUACAGAGAUAAUUUACCUUUGAGAUUUUUUUUUGUUCAGUUAUGAUUUGUUUUUAUUUUUUUUAAAUUUAAAAAUGUAUAUAUAUAUAUAUAUAUUAUUUGGAGAUAGCUUGCCUUGGGCAAAAUGCAGCCUGGUGUUUUGUUUUAUUGCACAACAUUGUAGAAGAUACAUUGAAAUGAAUGUGUACUGGGGGGUGGGGGGGAAUUGCAGAGGAAGUUGGGUGUGCCAAAAUUGCAUCAAAUUAAAUAGGCACACAGUGAAGCACUUAAAUUGCAUUGAUUUCAAGAGAAUUCUGGCAUGCCUGAUUUUCUCUGAACUGUGUCUUUGACUGAACUGGUGGUACAGAACUCUGCUGCACUGGUAUUGUUUACACAGUUGUUUUAUACAAUACUGUAUUAGCUGCUGGUUCCUUUAUACCUUCAACCUGAUUAAGCCUGAAAAAAGGGUUUUAUUGAAUAAUAUAUGCAUAAUUAUUUCCUUGUGCUUAUUUUUGUGUUUCAGGGUAUCGUUUUGUUUUAAGGAUCUUUUCCUUUUUUUUUCUGGGCAAGCUAAUGACUUGGUGCUUUUGUUUCAGUUUUACUGUUUGGUAUCCAGACCAAAAAAAAAAAAAAAAAUCAAAUGAACUUGAAGUAAACAUACUGAAUUUUAUGAUAAUUGAAAAAAAAUGCAGGAUACGUUUCACUUUACUCCCAAAUCCAGUAUUAUCAGACUAGGGCCUUCCUUUGGUAAAACCAAGUGGUGGUGGGAUAUCAGAUGAUCAAAAUUAGUGCAUUUACUGGGGAAUUAAGCAAAGGAAGUGGGAUUGGUAUGUUGGAUUGAAGAACAUAGGUUUACAUUCUUGCUUUAAGGGAUUGUCUGAACUGUCAGCUGUUUUUAUUCUAGCCCAUUCCAUAACAAAUAACUCAGGUCAGGGUACACAGGUUGUUCCUGCAUUGCUUGGCAUUCUUCGUUCAAGAAUUUUCCCAAUAAAUUUUGAGAAAUGCUGGGUAUGAAAGAAAAUGAAGGAUAAUUACAUUGUUUUGCACAAUGCUCAGAAGCAAGAUGGCUUACUUGCAAGAUUUCAAGUUAUUAUUUUGGGCUUUCUGCUGGGUCUCUCAGUUAUACUGUUAACCAUUUUUCUCCUGUUAGUGGAAUUCUUAUUCUGAGUCAGAUAGCCUUAAUACAUUAUAAUAAGGAAGAGCGGAGUAGAUCCAGGUCCCUUGGUUCCAUCUCUGCAGUGGUGAUAUGAAUUACAAGACAGAAAUUGUAAGAUAUCUGGGGAAAUUAUCCAUUCUGAAAGAUAUCAGAUCAGCUGGAAUAACUUGACAUCAUCCCCCCUGAAUAUUAAAGAAAAUGACCCUUCUUAGAAUAAAUACCAAAAAGAGGAAGGAGGAAGGGGGGGGAUCCUCAGCCAAGGAAACCAUGAAGUUUAAGUGGUCAUCUUUGUGCCUAAUAAUAAGUAUCAUUGAAAAACAAGGUGCUAAAAACAGGACAAGCCUAAUCAGCAAUCGAUUUAAUGUGGAACAGCUGAUGUUUUGCCAAGAAACAGUGGUUUAAGUUACCAAUGAAAUCCACAAACUUGAAAGCAACCACCAGUGUCCUAGUGACAAGUAGUGUGGUAGGGAAUUGAUUAGAUGGAAAUAACCAUUGAGUUUAAAUGACCUCUAUGUGACAGUCCAAAUCAUAUAUAGCUCUGUUGCUAGAACCGUAGGAGCUAAUGGCUCUCGUUUAAUGUGUUUCCACGUUGCUUAUCUUGUGCUAUACUGAACAUUUCAAUGCUUCACUUCAUAUUCAUAUCUAGCGAGGGAAUAUUUCUGCAGCUCCUAGGGUUGCUGUUGCUAACUUUACAUUGGGUUACAUUGACCGUUAGCCGUCAUGCAGACGUUUCUGGCUGAAUUGAGUGUUCCUCAAGAGUGCCAGGAACUUCAACCAUUCAUCUCACUUUAACAGUCAUCCUAAACUCAAUAAUGUUGUUUUUGAACUGGUGGGAUCUCCAUCCAGGAGUAGAAGUUGCAGCUAAUGUGGGUGAACAAUGAAAAGAGUCCUGUGGAGAGUUUCGUGGUGGUUUUGCUUGUGGAUAAUGCAAAUUAAUUGAUGCAUAUUGUUUUGCAAGAGAGAAGCACAUGAUUUCUUAGCCAGUGAAAUCAAAAGGCCUUAAAAGUGCUUAGAAAUGAUUGGAUCAUACCUUCACUUUGAUUUGUAUUCUAUUAACAAAUGGUUUCAACUGACCUAAUGUAUACCUCAGAAUAUCUGUUAAAUCAAACUGUCUGUGUAACUGAGCUGUGACUAUAUAGGUCUUACAACAUAUGCUAUGCUACAGUGGCAAAUCUCAUUCUUGCCAUUUUUGGUACUAAUUUUGCAAAAAAAAAUAAUUAAAUAAUUUCAGGCUGCAGUCCUAUGAAUGCUGACUUCGGGAAAAGUUGUGCUGAACAGUAAAUAAAUAAAAAUGGAAUUGCUUGGACAUAAAUUUCACUUACCGCUGUACAGAUUGUGGGCUCAUACCUGAGUAACUGUGCUAAAAUUUCACAUUUUUUUAAAUAUAGGUUAUACUUCAUAGCUGGAAACAACACCUCUAUUAUCUUAAUGAAAUGUCCACAGUAUUCAAAAUACUGGAAUAUACAGUACAGUCAGCCAUGUCUCCCAAGCCUUUCUUUUUUAAAUUUUGGUGAAUAAUUUUAAACAUUUGAGUAUCAAAAGUAUGGGUCUAGUCCAGACACAGACAAGCAUGCGUUUUCCCACUUAAAUCUAAAAACAAAUGAGAAAGAAUGUACACAGUACAUUCACAAUACGAAGAAUAAUGAGGGGAGAGAGUCUGCUCUGUAUUUUGCACAUAUGUGCACAUAUUUAAAUUGGCUUAGCUGGACAUGGAAACAUCCAACAUCAAUCUUCACAUUUAAGAUGUGGAUUUUUGUACAGCUUCACUUUUUUUCCUGUCUGUAGCAGUGGUGAAUUUGUGUAUUAAAAAAAAGAAACAUCCAGAUUUUUACUAUAUGUCAAGUGAUGAAUUGCUCAAAACUCAAGAUCUAGAAAUUCCUUAAACUAAAUGAGAAAAAUGACAGAAUAUUACAAAGAAAAUAAUGGUAUUCAGAAGGCCUUUUAGUAAAAAAAAAAAAAAAAUCAUAGUUAUUCAUUCUUUGGAAGGAACCUUUUAGCAAUGAAAAAGUCCAAAAGGGAAUGUUUUCUAAACAUGAUUAUACUCUACCCAACCUUUUUUUGCUUAAUUGAAUUUUACUGGAAUUAAUAACAUAGGACUAAGCCUAACUGCACAACUGGAGAAGAGUGAUUCUUUUAUUGUUAGCGUCUAAUAUUAUCCUUUUAUCAGUAAAGCCAAUAAAGCCUCAAGUUGUUAUCUAAUCUCUAACAAAGGUACAUAUGAUUCUAAAAUUGGUUCUUAUAUUUCAUGAUUUGUACAGCUAUUCCAUUUUGAAUUAUUUUUCCUUCGUUAUGAAAUAUUUGUUUUAAUGUUCCAAGUGCUGAGAUGCUACAUUAAAAGCACAGUGAUUUCCCUCCUUAUAUCUUGUCUUAAAAAUCGUGUUUCGUUCUUCAGCUUUUUCUCCAGUUUUCUAUCUGUUAAAGCUACAUGAGGCAGAAUAUUCAGAAAUUUUCUGGAAUUUUACUUUUUUUUUUUUUUUUUGAAUAAUCCUGUGUGUAAAAUUUUAAAAAAGCAAUUAAUUGCAUUGGCCUCAGGGCAGAAUGCAUCUGAAUAUGCAAUAUAAUAAAAAGCUUGCAUGACAUAAUUUCAUAUACCCUUUUCAAUCAUCUAUAAACUAGAGGAUUUUUAUUUCAUGAAGAUUCCUCUUUCCCUUUGGAAAUGCAAGGCCAGUAUAACUUCAUCAAGAGCCAUAUUACCUAAGACUUCCGUCUAUUUUAAUUUCCCUUGUACAGCUCUUGAAAAUCCUCUCUAUUAAAUUUGAAGGCAACAUGGUGAUAACUGACAAUAUAGAAAUGAGGGGGGGGGGAAAUGUGUAUUACUGUGAUUGUUAUGUUAAUUUGCUAUAAGACUCUGGAUGUAUAGGGGCCUUGUUUUUCAGAUAGCAUCUUUACCUGAAAAUAUAUCUGCUGCUCAUUAUUAUGAGGCGGUGCGAUGACUCAGCAAUUAGGACACUGGGCUUGUCGGCUGGAAAGCCAACAGCCCAGGUUCGAGACCCGAGCAUCGUGCAAUGGGGUGAGCUCCCAUCUUCGCCUAGCUCCUGCCUACCUAGCAGUUCGAAAGCAUGCAAAUGCGAGUAGGUAAAUAGGCACCACUUUGGUGGGGAGGAAAUAAUGCUCUGCGGUCUCAUGCUAGUCUUCGGACAGCACUGGGUCAACAGCCCUUGAAAUGGAGAUGAGCACCAACCCCUAUAGUCAGUUAUGACUAAGGGAGUAAAGUCCGCAGGGACUCCUUUCCUUUCCACUAUUAUGCACUAAAAAACAGCAGUGGCAGUUUUUAUAUUUUGCAACAUAAAUAAUUUGUUUUGUUGAAACUUUGACUUCAUUAUUAAAACUGUUUUGAAAUUUGUCACAAGUGUUUGAUACAAGUGGAAUAAUUCUGCUAACCAGCUAUGUGAGUUUGGUGAGGGGGAGAAAUAAAAAUAAUCUAGCUUUUAAAAAUGUAUUGAUGGAUAUGGCUUUGUGUACCAUGUCCCUGAAUAAAUACAAAUGCACCUCACUAGUUUUGGAUCUUGCGUUUCAAACCUUUUGGUUUGGCUGUUAAAGGAUUAAUUCAUCUGAUCCUUUGUUCAAAAUACUUUAAAUCCUGAUGUUUUGUGACUUUUGUAAUCUCUGAAUGUUUCCCUUUGCAUGAAUGUUUCCUUAACUAAUCAACCACAAAAAAAAAAUGUCUUGUGUUAUAUUCCAAAUGGUUUUGAAAUGCUGGUGAAGUUUGUGUUAAACAUGAUUGUAUACUUACAUCUGCCUGCUGUAAAGGUUGGCUAUUUCUAAACGGAACUGAAACUGUUAUAAAAUUUUGAGGUUGAAUGAUUAUUUCUAGAUGGUGAAGACAAUAGAUGGUCUCAACGAUUUAAAGAUUGAAUGUUAGGAAUUCUUGUGUUGCAACCACUGGUUUUAAGAAAAGUAUAUUGACUAAUUCUCAAUUCCAGAACCAUGUGAUUAUGAAACCUCUAAAAUAAUUACCAUGUUAAACCCUCUUCCAUUCUAGUCUUUAUAUCUCUAGACAAUCCUAGAUGAAUUGUUCUGAGAGGCAGUCAUAUGCUUGUACAUGUUUGAUAUAAUUCAGCUUGAACGGUUGGAAAUUAAGACACUCCAGAAGGAAUAAAUUAAAUUAGGAACUUAUAUAUGAUUCUUACUUACAUCAUUAUGUCCAAUUAAAAUUAUGAUGUAAUGCAUAAUUAUCCCACUAAAUAAAUGGGCCAUCUUUUGUUCACUGAA